GGCGUGGAGGUGCGGCAGCAGCUGCAACCGUAGCCCUGUCCCUGUGGAGUCUCCAGAGCUGUAUGAGGCCCGCUCCUGCACUAAUGUGGGGAGAGGGGCUGAGUGCAGCCUGUCCUCAGCCCCCACGGUGGAGGCUAGUGGAGGCUGAGUUACUUGGGAGGCGUUCAGGCUCUUCAAGUCUCCCCAACCAUUAAUACCCUCACCCCAAUCCUCCAGGAAGACCUGGGCCAUUUUCUUCCCCAGGAAAGAAACUGAGCAGGCAGCUUCAGUGUGUUGGCUGUGGUUCCUCUCAUGGGGAGUGGCUUAACGUCCCUCCAAGCCUGGACUGUCACCUGUCCUAUUCUGGGGGCUCUGUCAUCAAGGGAGGCUUGGUUUCUACUGCGGUUAAGAGUUUCUGAGCUACACUGCCUGGUUGGAGUUCCAACUCUGCCAUGUAAUUGGCUGUGUGACCUUGGGCAAGUAACCUCACCUCUCUGAGCAUGUCUUUUCAACUGUAAAAUGGGGAUAAUGAUACCUAUCUCAUAAGGUUAUUGUGGAGAUAAGUCCUCUGAUUCUGUACAGUGCCUGGCAUCUAUGCAUGCUGUGUACCUUGGGCUCUUUGGUCAGUAGUAUUUUGGGCCCUACAUGGCUGCUGCCUGGAGUCAAACAACUUGGCAUUCAGGGCAGGGGAGAGGGUCAUCAUAGGCAGGGAACGAGGGCUAGGAAACCUCAUAGCAGAAGCCUUGGCUGAGCCUCAAAGGAUGAGCAGUGCAUGGAGAGACAGUGGCUCUCCACCUUGGCCUCAUCCACCAGCAACCUGCCUUGGCCCCCUUUGUGAGAAUAACUGUUGGGGCUCCUCUCUGUGGGUAUGAGGGGCAGGUUUUGAAGUGGAUCUGAGUCCUGGAGCUUCCAAAGCAGCAGAGCCCCAGGGCUCCCAGACAUAGCUGUGGAGGGGAGGCAGCCUUGAGCUGGUGCUCCUGAGUCGCUGGGGGGCCAACUCCUCCCUCCUUUCUGAGCUGGACAGCAGGCAUUCUUGGCUGGGCCCCCAGAGUGCUGAGCUCCCUUACCCAAGCAGGCAUCAAUGGAGGGAGGAGGCCUGGAUCAGGCUGAUGUUGAAGCCAGUUGGGCUACAAUCUGCAGCAGCAGCGUUUAGGAUUCAGCUUAGCUCUGGGGCAGAACUUUCUCAGAGGCAGUCCAGAGACUACCUCUGCUCCCCUGAGGAGAAUAUCUACAAGAUCGACUUCGUCAGGUUUAAGAUUCGGGACAUGGACUCAGGCACUGUCCUCUUUGAAAUCAAGAAGCCCCCAGCUUCAGAGCGGUUGCCCAUCAGCCGGCGGGACCUGGACCCCAAUGCUGGGCGCUUUGUCCGCUACCAGUUCACACCUGCCUUCCUCCGUCUGAGGCAGGUGGGAGCCACGGUGGAGUUCACCGUGGGAGACAAGCCUGUCAACAACUUCCGAAUGAUCGAGAGGCACUACUUCCGCAACCAGCUACUCAAAAGCUUUGACUUCCACUUUGGCUUCUGCAUCCCCAGCAGCAAGAACACCUGCGAACACAUCUAUGACUUCCCCCCUCUCUCCGAGGAGCUGAUCAGCGAGAUGAUCCGCCACCCAUAUGAGACCCAGUCUGACAGCUUCUACUUCGUGGAUGACCGGCUGGUGAUGCACAACAAAGCAGACUAUUCCUAUAGCGGGACACCCUGACCCCACGGCUGGCCCCACCCCAGGAAGCUCCGGUUCUGGGCCCGGAGCUGUGACCUCCCCAACGCUCACCCCUCAACCCCAAGUCCUCUGCUUGGGAAGUGCUCCAGGAGACCUGGACCCUGAGUCAGUGUUGGGAGGAAGGGUACCUGGUGUCCCAGUCAAGCCCGUGAAGCCCAUGGGGCCUGCUGCGUGGGGUGGGGUCGUAGGGAGGCUGUUUGCCUCCAUGUCUAGGAAGGCCUAUGAGAGGAGCAAUCAGGACUUCCAGACAACUUAGCUCAGCCCUCCUUGGGCCCAGUUUCAGAAUAGUGUUCCCCUAUCAAGGCUGUGACUAGGUCAGGCAGGGAUCCAUGCCCUGUCCCUUGCCCACUACCUUCAGGCCACUUAGAGUUGUACUUUACAAAGAUCACGGUGGGCUCCAGCUGCCAAGCCACCCAACGGAGUCUGGGCCCUAGGCCCAGCCCCAUUCCUCCCAUGAGGGGCCAGGACACUGCCUGAGGUGUAGGCGGGACUGGCUGAGAUUGCAGCCCAUGGUAGGAGCUGGACCAGCUGUAUAUAGUUUUCAAUAAACUGUCUCCUUUUCUGUU